UUUCUGGGGAGUAAAUUCCUAUGGAAAUUCACAUCGUUUCCUCUUCUAAACCUCCUCAAAACCCCAGUCUCUUUAUAAGCCGCAACGACACGCACUGACCGAAGUUCAGACAGGCAGUGCGAGAGACCUUCUGAGCGAGCAGAGAUGGUAGUCAAGCCGAAUACGACGCCGGAUCUGGAGGCUCUGCGCGAGCUCUUCAGACACCACAUAGAGUCGUUCGAUUACAUGUCUGACAAAGGACUGGAAAUACUAUUCCAGAGCAUCAGAGGCAUUCAUGUUCACGAUUCUUUCACCAACAAGAACCUCAGAAUCUGGGUUGAAAACCCUAAGUUGCACCGUCCGGCAAAGGAGCUGUUAUCGAAAACGAUGCACGGAGACCUGCUUCCUUACAAAUGUAGGCAGGCUAAGAUUUCGUACACGGGGAGUUUGAAGGCGGAUGUGUGCUUUCAGUGGGACGGUGGAGCUCCUAUUGCACAAGAAUUCGAUUUUGGGCAAUUUCCCAUAAUGCUGAAGUCAAAGCUUUGUCAUUUGAGAGAUGCUGAUCCACAAAAACUAGUUUCCAAAAAAGAAGAGUCAUCGGAAAUGGGUGGUUACUUUAUACUGAAUGGGCUUGAGCGAGUUGUUCGACUUCUAAUAUUGCCAAAGCGGAAUUAUCCAAUGAGUAUGGUGCGGAAUUCAUUUAGUGAUCGGCGAGAAGGAUAUACCGAUAAAGCUGUUGCCAUAAGGUGUGAGAGAAAAAAUCAGUCUUCAGUUACAGUCAAAGUAUAUUACCUUCGUAAUGGAAGUGCGAGACUUGGAUUUUGGAUACAGGGGAGGGAGUACUUGCUUCCUGCAGGCGUUGUGCUAAAGGCUCUUGUAGACACAACUGAUCAUGAAAUAUAUGAGAGUUUGACAUGCUGCUGUAGUGAGGGAGAUGAGAGAGAGAAGGGUGCUGUUGCCACUCAGCUCGUGGGUGAAAGGGCAAAAAUUAUUCUUGAUGAAGUUCGAAAUCUCUCUCUUUUCACUCGGCUUCAAUGUCUAGAGCAUAUUGGUGAGCAUUUCCAAGCAGCCAUGGAUGGGCUGGAAAACGAAAGUUAUUCUGGUGUUGCUAAUGCUGUUCUUGAGGAGUACAUCUUUGUUCACCUCGAUAACAAUUAUGAGAAGUUUAAUCUGCUCAUCUUUAUGCUGCAUAAACUUUUCUCACUUGUGGAUCAGACAUCUGUGCCAGACAAUCCAGAUUCCUUGCAAAAUCAGGAAGUCUUACUCCCUGGUCACUUGAUUACCAUUUAUCUCAAGGAAAAACUAGAAGAUUGGCUGCGCAGGGCAAAAAAGCUUCUUCAAGAUGAGAUCAACAAUAAGAGCAAAAAUUUUGAUUUCUGCAACUUAGCUCACGUCAAGAAGGUUUUGGAUAAAAAUCCUGCCAAGCAAAUUAGUUCUGCUGUUGAAAACAUGUUAAAAACUGGAAGACUGGUUACUAAAACAGGUCUAGAUUUGCAGCAGAGGGCAGGCUUUACGGUUCAGGCGGAGAGGCUUAAUUUCUUACGUUUUCUCUCACAUUUUCGUGCUGUCCAUCGAGGGGCUUCAUUUGCUGGACUUCGGACCACAACUGUGCGGAAAUUGUUACCUGAAUCUUGGGGUUUUCUUUGCCCUGUGCAUACACCUGAUGGGGAGCCAUGUGGCUUGUUGAAUCAUAUGACCAGCAAUUGUCGAGUUACAUCAUACUUUGGUUCUGAAGGAGAUGUAAGAGAUUUUAAGAAAAUAAGAAGGGAUAUUCGCAGCUUUUUGAUUGGUGCUGGAAUGAUGUCGCUGCAGCCAAUGCUAGUUAAAGUUGGUCCUCCCAAGUUUCUUUCGGUCCAUAUAGAUGGUCAUGUUGUUGGUUCUAUAGCUUCCAGUUUAGUUGAAAAUGUUGUGGCCAACUUACGGAAAUUAAAAGUGUCAGCCGAUACAAUGAUUCCGGAUGAUCUGGAAGUGGGAUAUGUUCCUUUGAGUCUGGGGGGAGCAUAUCCUGGUUUGUACCUCUUCACAUCUCCUGCUAGAUUUGUUCGGCCAGUUAGAAAUAUUUUGAGUCCCGAGAAAAGUCAGAACAUCGAACUCGUUGGUCCUUUUGAACAGGUAUUUAUGGAAAUAAGAUGUCCUGAUGGAAAAGAUGGUGGGAGACAAAAUGCUUUUCCUGCAACUCAUGAAGAAAUCCAUCCAACUGGAAUGCUCAGUGUGGUUGCUAAUCUUACACCUUGGUCAGAACAUAAUCAGAGCCCACGCAAUAUGUACCAGUGUCAAAUGGCAAAACAAACAAUGGCUUUCUCUUCACAAGCAAUUCACUUUCGUGCGGACCAAAAGCUAUACCAUCUUCAGACUCCUCAAACUCCUAUUGUGCGCACAAGUACAUAUACGAGAUACGGCAUUGAUGAAUAUCCAACAGGCACAAAUGCAAUAGUUGCAGUGCUAGCAUAUACAGGAUAUGACAUGGAGGAUGCCAUGAUUCUUAAUAAAUCAUCUGUGGAGCGUGGAUUGUGUCAUGGACAGAUAUACCAGACGGAAACUCUUGACUUGUCUGAUCAGAGCAGCAGGUCAGAACGUUCCCAGAGAAUGUUUAGAAGAAGCAACGUGGACAAAUCAAUGCAUUCUUCGAUUGAUUCUGACGGGCUUCCAUAUGUUGGUCAGAUGAUACGACCAAAUGAACCCUAUUGUUGCAUUUAUGAUGAGGUAACUAGUUCUACAAAAACCAACAAGCGGAAGGGUUCAGAACCUGUUAUAGUUGACUAUGUUGCUGUUGAUGUGAAAAACAAGAAGCCGCUUCAGAAGGUGAAUAUACGUUUUCGACAUCCUAGAAACCCUGUCAUUGGGGACAAAUUUAGCAGUAGACAUGGUCAGAAAGGUGUUUGCUCACAAUUGUGGCCAGACAUCGAUAUGCCAUUUUCUGGUGUAACCGGGAUGCGUCCAGAUCUGAUUAUUAACCCGCAUGCAUUUCCAUCAAGGAUGACAAUUGCAAUGCUUUUGGAGUCUGUUGCUGCUAAGGGAGGUAGCUUGAAAGGAAAAUUUUUAGAUGCAACACCAUUUUCUAGUUCAGUCAAAAAAGAAGAUGGGGAGACUGGACAAAAGCCUGGUUCCCUUGUUGAUGAGCUUGGUGAAAUGUUAAAAGAGAAAGGGUUCAAUUACCAUGGAUUGGAGGUAUUGUACAGUGGGGUUUAUGGAACAGAACUUACAUGUGAGAUAUUUAUUGGGCCUGUUUAUUAUCAGAGACUCCGACACAUGGUUUCAGACAAAUUUCAGGUCCGUUCUACUGGAACUGUCGACCAGAUCACCCGGCAGCCUAUUAAAGGACGAAAGUUUGGUGGGGGUAUUCGCUUUGGAGAAAUGGAACGAGACUCUUUGCUUGCACAUGGGGCAGCAUAUUUGUUGCAUGAUAGGCUCCAUACUUGUUCUGAUUAUCACAUUGCUGACGUUUGUUCUCUAUGUGGAAGCAUCCUCACAACUUCAUUCGUCCAGCAACAAAAGAGAGCAGUGCGGGAGAUUGGCGGGCUACCCCCUGCUAGGGCACCCAAGAAGGUCACUUGUCAUGCUUGUCAGACGAGUAAAGGAAUGGAGACAGUUGCAAUGCCCUAUGUCUUCCGAUAUUUGGCUGCAGAGUUGGCAGCUAUGAACAUAAAAAUGACCCUCCAGAUAAGCAAUAGUGCCGAACUGUCAAAUUAAAUUUCCUUAUCUAAUGUCUCUAAGCUGUUAUAUAUUUGAAAUUGUUUCCGUUUAAAAGACUUGCUAUUCUUUCUAGUGACUCAGAAGUUUUAUUUUA